AUGUCUACUGCUGUUCGAAUUGCCAGUACUAAGAAACCCGCUAAAUAUGCACUAAUAUUCCUGCAUGGUUUAGGUGACACAGGUCAAGGUUGGUCAUUUUUAGCUCAAUACCUGCAGCAAUACCAUCCAUGUUUUGAGAGCACUAACUUUAUAUUUCCUAAUGCACCCAUAAAGCCAGUUACUGCCAAUGGUGGUAUGCCAAUGCCUUCUUGGUUUGAUAUUAAAGUGUGGGACUGGACAACUUCUAAUGUCGAUACCGUCGGAUUCCAGCAAUCAUUAAAGGAAGUACAGAAAUAUGUUGAUAGUAGUAUUAGCGAUGGGAUAGAACCUCAAAAUAUAAUAGUUGGUGGGUUCUCCCAAGGUGCUGCAUUAGCAUUAGCAUCAGCAGUUACUCUAAAUAAUAAGAUAGGUGCAUUUAUCGGUCUUUCUGGGUUUGCCUACCUUAGAAAUGAACUUCAAGAGACCAGAAAGAACUUAAACCCAAACACUCCUGUGUUCCAUGGUCACGGUGAAAGCGAUGACGUUGUUCCUUUCCCAAUUGGUGUACAAACAGCGGAGUUCUUCAAAUCCGCUGGUGAACUUGAGAACUACACUUUUAAGAGCUAUAGAGGUCUUGGCCACUCAGCUGACCCUGCAGAAUUGAACGAUUUAGCUGAGUUCUUAAAGUCAAAUGUUUACUCAAAAGAUGCAUAA